CCUCAUCCUCCAUGCAUGCAAGCAACAACAGCCUUCAAAGAUCUGUCGAAGAUGACGCCCUUCUUGCGCGAUGCUUCAUUCAAUUAAUUGAGUAGCUAACACUGAGCUGUAUCUGGGUAGCAUUUCCAAUGUUUUGUAGUGGAUCAAGAUGAAUCUUCCUGUGUUUUACCUCUUGAUUUGGAUUGGUAUCCGUCGUAGCUUGGUAGUGGCCUUUGUGCCAUCCUGUCCAACUGCCACCGGUACAUCAACAAGAUCAUCAGCACUCGACAACCCGCACUCCUGCUUGUACUCAUCCACCGAUGACUAUAACUUUAUGGCCAGUUUACAAAAACGCAUGGAUCAAGUGAUGGAACGAGAUACCACACUCCCACUGGUUGUGUUGGAUGCAAUGCUACCCCGUCAGGUUCUGAAUAUUACUGUCAAGAAUGGUCUCUUGAUGGAACUUGUUCGACAACGUCUCCAAGAGGAAACUCCCAGUUUCGGUAUGGUGGGACAUGCCAAAUUGGCCAAUGGCAAGCAAGUCACUCUGUCGUCGGGCGUCGAAGUGGAAAUUGUGGGCAAUCCCAAAGUUACCGACGAAGGACUGCAUUUGUCUCUCAAAGGGACGCGACGUUUCCGCAUUUUUGACAAGGAACAAAUCGAAACGACACCAUCCGGGUGGACUCAGGCCAAGGUGCAGUUUUUGAAUUCCACACAAGAGGAUCGAGCAGAUGAUACUGAUACCAUGAGCAUGGCCCGGGCCAUGCAAAUGGCACGCGAAUUCUCCGAACCCAACUUGGCCAUGGAAGAACAACAAUCGUUGGUAGAAAUGUGGCUCGAACUCGCACGGACUAGAGAACGACGACCGAAUCAGAUCGAUCAGUUGUUGCAAGACUUGGGACCCAUGCCCAGUUGGAAAGACCCUAGUGAAUGUGCCUUUUGGGUCGGAGCACUCAUCAACCCCAUUCCCGCCAUGGGAGUCGCUUUUGAGAUUCGACCCAAACUCUUACUGGCCAAAACGGCGGAAGAACGAACCCAGAUUGCACUUGAUGCCAUUUGGAACUCCAUUCAACACAUGCAAGGGGCCGAUCGAUUCGAACAGCGGAAAGGGUGGUGAUGAUACUAUUAUCACUGCACAACUCGGUACAUGUAAAUACUAUAUAAUCUGAAGCUUCUCUCUUUGGUAAGGAGCGAAAACGACAGAUGUCGUUUCAAUGUCGUGCUUUUUGCACGUAUGAUGAAAGGAGCGA